GAAGCACCAUAAAUGUACCUCUUUUCCCUUCUCCCUCCUUCAACCCAGUUUCCCCCCAUUCUCAACAGCAACCUCAUCUCAAGCUUUUACAAACUCGAAAGUGCCAUGCAGUCAGCAAAAUUUUCCCCCGUCUUCACCACGAUCCUACUAUUGUGCGCGGUUGCCUCUGUGGCAUCGUUUGGAUGUAGCUUUGGCUCCCCUUGCUGUGUUGAGUUUACGAGCUCUUCACAAAGAACUCUUCGACUAGCUGAGCAAGUCUCUCCUGAGCCAAAGAUCUAUUCCUGUAGCGGUCAACCGAUGUCGCAAGAUACAAGAUGCUGUGACGCUCAAUACUUACCCCCUCAAAACCCCGAUGGAUCUCGGACCGUGGAUAUAAGUACUUAUAAUUCGCAUUGCAAACCUGCCGGACCAAAUCCACCUCCAAGCACCUCAUCUGCUUGAAAGCAGACUAGAACAUUUCACAAACCUCCAUCAUACCCUACCAUCUUCUCCCAUUUUACCUAUGUGUCCCAAUCCUGUGUAAAAGAUGAAAUUUGCUAGGUAUGAAAAAGAGAG